UGUUUUUUGUUUUAUUUUGUUUUUUUUUUUAAUUUAGAUUUCUGCUCUGUUAGCGUAAUGUGCAGGACCAUAAACAAUCUCUUUAAUUUGUUAUUUAAUUUAUCAUAAACUUUGAGAGCAGCUCCUGGAACUUUCUUUAUUUUUUUCUAUAUUGAAUUUCCUAUUUCCGACAUUGUUAUCACGAAGCCCGAUAAAGGAUCAGGAGUGGUCGUAAUGGACAAAUCUGAUUAUGUGCGUCUCCUGAAGGAAUCAUCACUGAAUCAACGAUGACAGCAAGUUUAGACCUAUGAGUACCGAAAGACCUAAAAUGAGGGGGCGACCACCAAAGCACUAUCAUCUGCUAUUACAGAAAGAAAAAGAAAUAGCCACCGUCGUACAAAGAAUAUUACCCAAAGAAAUCGCCCAACAAGUCAUCCAAAAAGGUUCGAGGCUUGCUCACCUAUAUGGCUUACCGAAAACCCAUAAGCACCGGUUAGCAAUGCGCCCCAUCUUAUCCGCAACGGGAACAUAUAAUUUCAAGUUAGCAAAGUGGCUGGAUGAAAAAAUCAAACCACUAUCAACCAACAGUCACACAAUCAGUGAUAUUUUUGAGUUCGUGGAUGCUCUCCAUGAUAUAGAAGUAGAUGAUCGUUGUGUCCUUGUUUCAUACGAUAUAACUUCGCUCUUUACCAACGUUCCUGUCGACGAAACAAUAGCUAUCCUUGCUGAAAAAGCGUUUCAGGACAACUGGUUCAAUAAAGAACAUAUUCUCAGCAUCACAAAAGCAGAGCUGGUAGAGCUGUUGAAUAAUUCCACAAAGCACCAGUUAUUCCAGUUCGAGGGCAACUUGUACGAACAAAUCGAUGGCGUUGCCAUGGGAUCGCCACUUGGUCCCCUAAUGGCCAAUGCAUUCAUGUGCAGUAUCGAAGAUCGACUCGAGGAACAAGGCAAAAUGCCCGGAUUCUACAAACGAUACGUAGAUGGCACACUAAGCAUAAUGGCAGACACCGAAACAGCUGAAAUGUUCCUAGCCACACUGAACGAAAGUCAUCCUUCUGUCAGCUUCACCAUGGAACUGGCCGUGAACGGUAAAUUGUCUUUUCUGGGAACUGAAAUCAUGCAACGAAAUUGCCGUCUGGAAACGAAGGUGUACAAGAAGCCAUCUGAUACUGAUCUGUUAUUGCAUUAUCAGAGUCACGUCGACGUAAGAUAUAAACAAUCAUUGCUUAAAACAAUGGUAAAUCGUGCCUUUAAGUUGUCAUCUAAAUGGCAAUUUUUUCACCAAGAGUGCGAACGUCUCACCGAAACCUUCUCGCGACUCAAGUACCCAACUCAACUACUGCAUUCGACCAUUAAUGAUUUCAUCACGAAAAAAGUGUCUGGGGAUCCAGGGAUCAAUCAAACGUCUGACGAGAAAAAAACACCCGUGCGAAUUAUACUUCCUUUUAAGGACCAAACAUCAGCAAAUUCCGUACGAAGGCAACUUGGCGACCUAAGCCGAAAAAUUGGAACUGACAUUUCUCCUGUGUACACUAACAGAAAGAUCGGAUAUGAGUUAAAACCAACGGAAAAGAAGCCCAACAUCAUCAAUCAGCAGCGCGUUGUGUAUUAUUUUAAGUGUGGUCUGUGCGAUGCAGACUAUGUCGGCUACACAUGCCGGCACCUCUACCAACGUGCUGAAGAACACAAAGCGUCUCAGUCUUCAAUCGGGAACCACAUUAAAGAGCGGCAUGGGCAUACCCCAAGUGACUUGCAUCACAGUUUCAAAAUCCUGAAGAAAUGCAAAAGUAAACUGGACUGCCUAAUUUACGAGAUGCUUUUUAUAAAAGAAAUUAAGCCAAGCUUGAACAAACAGUCAGACUCAAUGCGCGCAAAGCUAUUUUUAUAA